GUGUGGAGUUUGGAUGACAUUUAAGGGCGUGGCGGCCACUCGGAAGUCCCGGGACCUUUUUUUUUGUACAUUUGCGGUGAAUUCUGAUGUAUUUCCACGCGGUGCUGCGUCUCGUCCAGCUCUGGUUUUGUGUGAUUGGACGGCCCGCCCGCUAGUUAGCAUCCAGGGGCGUGGAGCUAGGCGAGCUGAAUGGGGGUACAUUUGUGUGCCACGCCGGUGCUACCGAGCCCCAGCGGAGACGGGCGGUGAUAUAUCUGUCGAGUGGAAUAUCAUUCUUCUCCACCUUUCAAGACUAUGGGAGGGAUGCGACGAGAGGGAAAGUAGAUACAUGCGAGCAAUAUUCCUAUUUUAAUCGACAUGGGGGUUUGGGGGUCAGUUUUGAAGCCUACGGUUGACUGUCGUGUCGCUGCUGAGGAAGUGACACUGAUAUGCAGAUAAUCCUCAUUUCGUCGCGGAUUAAUGGCGAUUUUACCUUUAGCCAAUUUGAUGAUGCCGCCCAUCUUUAGCGUCGGUUGAAAGCAGGUUGUUGGAGUGCGUCUUCUCCCCCCACCAAGCUCUUCAUCUCGCUUGUGUCAUCCAUGCCCGUGUUGUUGGAGGUGCGUGUCUGUUGGCCAACUGCGUCACCGAGUGGAAGCUGCAGGUAUUCAUUUAUAAACUGCACUUUGGAAAGUCUUCUCAUGGACCCUAUGACCUGUACACCAAAGUGACAAAACUCUUGAAUCAGCAUGGAACCGGAAGCGAAUUCAAACUCAGAGGAUCACCCGGAAUGGAAUCAUCAAUCACAAUGUAAACUGCAAACAAGUAUGUCUAACGCUGUGGAGGAUAGAAGCCUUCAGGACUCAGUGGUGAGAGGCAGCAGCGACCCUUCAUUCAGUUAUCAGAAGCUUGUGCAUCAGAGAUUCAUCAGGAGAAGUCUGUGGUUCUCGGACACAGAUGAGCAGUCCUAUGAGGCCUCUGAAUGUGAUCACAGGCUCCUUAAAAUAAACUUGCGAACAAUCGUUGGCAGGACACGAGGGGCAAGUGGUGGUAUACAGGAGGACUCCAGCACUGAGAGUCAAUGUAGGCUAAAAGACAGUGCAGCAGAAAGUGCCAAAUCUGAUGAGGAUAAGGUAAAAAGUGGAAGAGAUGUAUUGACUGCAACAAGCGGUGAUGUGGGCAAAACCACCAUCAAGGCCGCCAGCGAGGAGACCGAGGAAGAGGCAGAGAUGAAGGCUGUUUCCACAUCUCCUGGAGGACGUUUCCUCAAGUUCGACAUUGAGCUUGGGAGAGGGUCCUUUAAGACCGUCUACAAGGGCCUGGAUACUGAAACCUGGGUGGAGGUUGCUUGGUGUGAGCUGCAGGAUCGUAAGCUGUCAAAAGUGGAACGUCAGCGCUUUAAGGAAGAGGCUGAGAUGCUGAAAGGUCUUCAACAUCCAAACAUUGUCCGCUUUUAUGACUUUUGGGAGUCUCCGCUCAAAGGGAAGAAGUGCAUUGUUUUAGUAACGGAGCUUAUGACCUCAGGGACACUAAAAACCUAUCUGAAGAGGUUCAAGGUAAUGAAGCCCAAGGUGCUAAGGAGCUGGUGCAGACAGAUCCUGAAAGGCCUUCACUUUCUCCACACAAGAACUCCUCCCAUAAUUCAUAGGGACCUGAAAUGUGAUAACAUAUUCAUCACUGGACCUACAGGGUCUGUCAAGAUUGGAGAUUUAGGACUGGCAACACUGAAGGCAGCCUCUUUUGCAAAGAGUGUCAUAGGCACUCCAGAGUUUAUGGCUCCAGAGAUGUAUGAAGAGCACUAUGAUGAAGCUGUGGAUGUCUACGCCUUUGGCAUGUGUAUGCUAGAAAUGGCCACCUCAGAAUACCCCUAUUCAGAAUGUCAGAAUGCUGCACAGAUUUACCGUAAAGUCACAAGUGGAGUCAAGCCAGCCAGUUACAACAAGAUUGUGGAUCCUGAAAUCAAGGAGAUUAUUGGGGAAUGCAUCUGCCAAAGGAGAGAGGAAAGGUACACAAUCAAAGACCUCCUGAACCACGCCUUCUUUGCGGAGGAUACAGGGGUGAGGGUGGAGCUUGCGGAGGAGGAUGAUGGGAAAAAGACAUCAAUAGCCCUAAAAUUGUGGGUGGAGGACCAUAAAAAAUUGAAAGGGAAGUACAAGGAAAGCGAAGCUAUUGAGUUUGCUUUUGACCUGGAAAAAGAAGUCCCAGAACUGGUGGCGCAAGAGAUGGUGGAGUCUGGAUUCUUCCAUGAAAGUGACGCUAAGACUGUGGGAAAAUCAAUUAGGGACCGUGUAGCACUGAUCAAAUGGAGAAGAGAGAGAUCUGUAUCAGCUGCUGAUCGAAUGGAUGGGGUGAAUGGCUUUCAGUGUAUUGCUUCUAGAGAUGCACAUGCAAAACAGCCUCUUUUGGUGGAACCAGAACCAGACUCUGAACAGCACAACAGACAGCAUACUACGCCAGCCAGUGUCACUUCAGUCACAUCAGACAGCACUUUCGACAGUGGCAAGGGUUCUACUGUGUACUCUGAUUCCCACAGCAGCCAGCGGAGUGGCCCCUAUCAGUCCCUGCUAGAGCCGAUCCCGAUGGCAAUGCAACAGUGCCAGCGAAGUAUACCUUUUCAGACAGAUCGGCCUCACUCCUGUGAUACAGGUGAUGUAUGGGGGGAAGUGCUAAGCCCAGAGCUUACUAUUCGAUUUGGAACUGCAGCCCGCAGAGGAAGUGCUCCUGUUAUUGAUACUUACCAUGCAAAAUGCAUUGCUCAACUACAUGCUCUAAAACAUUCAUGGAGAUCAGUCAGAUCCACCUCUGCAGUGAUAGAAAACCAAUGGGAACGUCACUCAAGAGCUGAGGCCACCAGUGGAAAUAUCCCACUACCUGUGACAAGUCUCCGUAGACAUUCUGACAUUAGCAAUCUAACCUGUCAUCACAUUAACCGUCUGGCAAAGCAAAAACUUCAUAUGCGGAAGGCCUCGCUCUCUUUGCUUCAUCUAGGGUCACAGGGAGGUUUACAGCACCAUCCAUCUACUGAUUCAAAAUACUGCCUGUCCUCAAUGGGAACAUUUCCUGGAACAGGUUUAGGAAACAAUAAAGGUUCAACUGAUUGUCUAGAUUUCCUACUGCUGCAGAAGUCCUUGUUUAAUAUAAUCAAUCAGAAAGGACCACCAUGUCACACUGCAUCCACCCAGCACCGUUCGAUUCACUCCUCAGCUUCUCACAGGACACUCAGUGCUGCUGAAGAUGGCAACCCGAAGAGUCCCCAGAGUGCCAGUUUGUUUGAUGCCAGCGAAAAUAAAUUAUUGGCACGAGAACAACAAGUUGCUGUAGGACUGACCAGUUCUGUGGGCCACCAGAAUAAACCAGCUGAGUUCACAUCACACCAGUACAUCCAGCCUGGACAAAGUUUCCCUUCUGCUCCAUAUACUUUCCAACUCGGUGCUGCAACACCAGAUCAAGUUACUUCAUCCUCAGUCAACCUCCGUCACGGAGCCAGUGGUUGUUACACACCUUCAAAUGCGCAACAGCAGUCAGCACCAAGUAUUUCAGCAUCAUCUGCCCCUCAACAUGUUGCACAGUGUUACCAGACACAAUGUCACCAUCCACAGCAAGCAACUUUGAACUGUAUUGUUUCAACUCAGCAACAGAGCUAUUUUCUGCCAGGUUAUCAAAUAUCAGUUCAGCAAACAACUACGGAUGCCACAACUACUCCACCAGCACAGCAGUCAGAACAAAGUUGCCCUCUUACAUGUGCACCCUCAACUAUGGUAGCAAUGGCCCAGUGUCAUUUGGCACAAGCUGCUAGUGCUUUGCAGCAGGUUCAAGACGUGGUUAAACUGCCAAAUCAGCCGAUUGGCCCGAGCUCUGCAUCAGCACUUUAUAGCCAGCAGAUACCCACUCAAGACUAUCAACCUUCAAUGCAAAAUACUCAAUGCAGUAUACAGCUAACCCAACAUGACAGGCAAACACAUGUACAGUUUAGCCCUGAGAGAAUGCAAAAUAUACACCAACAAAGGCCACCUCUUCACCAUUCUCAAAAUCUUCAAUCGUCUGGUCACCAAAAUGAACACACGCCUUGUCUUCAACAGCAAAGCCAGAAUUCCAUACCGAUAACCUUACCACAAUCAAGCCAGGAUACAUCCCAGCCUAUAGUACAAAAGGACCAUGCAGGCACUAAUCAGCCCUGUUCGACUACCAGUUUACCUGAUGUGGGCUCUCAGAGCUAUUCACAUUCUGCCCUCAAUGCUGUGCAGCAGCAGGGUCAGUACCUCACCGCACAACUGUCAUCUGAUACAUCACAGGCCUAUGGAGGAGAUCCCCAGAUGCUGACUCGUCAAAGCAAUCCAGUACCCUCACAGCAAAGCCAUGCUGCUCAGAUAAAUAAAAAGAAUGUGUCAGACCAGGGCACACCUGCUACCUGUGGCCAUUUGGAAAAGCAGAACCAAAGUCAAGUUCAGAGUCAGGUUUACCUUCCUCAUUGCUCUGAGUCUCAGAGAGCAUCGUCUGGAUCUGCAGUUUCCAGCCUGACACAGCAACAGCUCAGUGAUCGGACUGAGGCUAACACAGAGGAUCAGGCUGCAGAAAAACACACUGGGGGACAAAGCUAUGACAGUGUCAACUCUGAUGCCACAUCAGGCAAGGAGAUGAGUGAUGGCUAUGAGGGGGCCCAUGGUGGUAAAGGGGAGGUGAAAGUCCGCAAACACCACCGCAAGUCAACACGCACUCGGUCUCGCCAGGAAAAGAUUAGCAGACCUAAGCUUAGCAUGUUAAAUGUAUGUAACACAGGGGACAAGAUGGUAGAGUGCCAAUUGGAAACGCACAAUCAGAAAAUGGUCACCUUUAAAUUUGACUUGGAUGGAGAUGCGCCUGAAGAGAUUGCUACAUAUAUGGUGGAGAACGAUUUUAUCCUGCCCUUAGAGAAAGAAGUGUUCAUUGAACAGCUGAAGGAUAUCGUAGAUAAGGCUGAGGACUUGUUGAGUGAAGGCACAGAAGGUGAGAGGAACUCAGAAAAGCCAAUCGGUCCUGUGAGUGAAGGAGCUGGCAGCUUGUCUAUGGAGGGAAUUCGGGCUUGUGCCCCAUGCAUUCCACAGCAGGUCUACCAACAAAAUGUCCUUCACACUGGCAAGCGCUGGUUUAUCAUCUGCCCAGUGGCUGAAAUACCUGUCCAAGGGAAGACUCCUGCUCACAACUCAACUGAUAUGGAAUCGGAAAAGUCUGCUACGAUAUCUGUGAAACCCAUCAGAAACACACCUGCAUGUUCUAUUGCUCAUACAUCUUUAUCUUCACAAGACCCUUUGCCCAUGUCAGUGCAACUUCAAGACCAAAACACUGACACAUCCCAUGUGCAGCGACCGGAGUCCACUGUCAAUAACACUGAACCCAAUACUGUGGCUAUUAGCCAGAAUAACACCCUUCCUAUUGAAAAACCUUGCAUCUCUGCUGUGUCUAUGGUAACUGACAUCCCAUGCUGUGCUUUCGUGCCACCAGUUUCUCUGGACGUCAAUACUAUUAAUAAGGUAGCUGGUUUGGCUACACAAACUACUCAUGCCAACCAGACCAGUCCAACUGGGGACCCAUCCUUGCAGCUGACUACUCAUCAGUCUGUGGUCCUCCAGCAACCCUAUCCCACACCAAUACCGCCGGCAUCAGUCACCUCCCAACCUCAAAGUCCAGCGCAUCAGACUUCUGUAUCAUUAGACCAUCUACAGCCAGCAAGUGGGGGGCCUGCUGAGUCGGACAGUGACGGUCCACGUCGGGUGGAGUUUGUUUGCACCAUUAAGACAUUGGAUGAGAAGCUGAGGAAUCUAUUGUACCAGGAACAUGCAACCUCUCAGCCCUCCAGUGCUGUGUCUGACCCUCAUACCUCCAGCACAGAAGCGGUCAAUUCAACGUCUAUUUCAGAUGACCAUAGCAGUGAGGGCCCACUUGCCAAAAAACAGGGGGAGCCAUUGCCUCAGAUUCCUGAAAGCCCAGAAUGUGUGGGUGCACUAAGUGACUCUGUUUUGGCAGCUACUCAUACAAAUCUGAACAGAAGAGAUGUGACUGUAAGUUGUGCUUCAUGUAACUACAAAUGCUCUCUUCAAGUAGGACCCACAUCACUAAAUGCAAUUUGUCAUGUGGAAAAAAGCAUGCCUAGCCGCAGCACCUGCUGCUCCCCGAUGCACUCUAGUGGUUCCCUAAAGUCCCACAGCAAUGGCCCACAAACAAAUACCAAAGACAAUGUAGCUGGCGGAAGAUUAUCUUUGAAAGCUUCAACCAAUGAAAGUACUGGUACCUCCAGACCCAAAGUUAAUAACCGCUUCUCUGCCCCACCAAACCUCUAUCAAGCUACGCCUGUCUCCAGCACUGAUGUCACACCCCAGCAUAUACCACGAUCCAUGACCAUAGGCACGCCAACCCAUCACCACUACCACCACCACCUGUCACACCUCCACUCUGAUUCUGCAGAUGAGGACAGCGUCAGCAGCAAAGCUCCUCCUCUAGCCAAUGCUAAAUCCUCAGCUCAUGCUCUACCCGAGCACAGUGGAAGCGACCUCAUGAAGAGGGCAGUAGCCUUUCUUAAGCGAUCAGGUCGGAGCAAAAGCGAGCUGAGUACUCAAUCCCCCAGAAGAAAGCCACAGGAAAUGAAUGGUCAAGCUCCUUCACUUUCUACAGGACAUACGCAGUCCACCUACAUCAGCAGUGACAAUGACUCUGAGUUUGAGGAUGCAGAUGUGUGGAAAGAACUACAGGAGCUGAGAAAAAAACACAUGAAGGAAUUCUCGGAUCUGCAAGCAUUUCAGAGGAAUGAAAUUGAACGUCUAUACAAAGAGUUGGGAAAAUCCCCGCCACCCAAUGUUGGCCUGCUUUAUUGUGCUCCUCCAAGUGGACGAAGACGCAAAGCCAGUAAACACAAACUAAAGGCUGGAAAAUUGCUCAAUCCUAUGGUGCAGCAGCUCAAAAGCAAUCCUUCUAACCCCAACACUACAGUGGAGAGUAAAGGUGAAAGUGCUGGCAGUUCGUCUGGAUCUCCUGCUAAAAGUUCAAUCUUAUCUGAUGAUUCUGCCCACUCCAGUGGCAGCUCCUGCUCUGUCAAUCAGCACAGCACCAUCCCGCAGCAGGUCCACACCCAGCAACCCUGUUCUUUGAAAGGCUCUUUCUCCUCAGACAACAUCAGCGCUGGGCAGCACAAUGACGGGAUGACAAACUUAGCAAACCAAGGCUGGACGGUUUACCACCAAACGUCAGAGAGAGUCACCUAUAAAUCUAGUAGCAAACCGCGCACUAGAUUCCUCAGUGGACCUGUGUCUCUGUCCAUCUGGUCCUCUUUCAGUGCUGCCACAGCUCAAACACAGCCAUCACUCGCCUCAGCCACAACAUCACCAUCUCCUCAGUCAAUCAGUCGGCUUACUCAGGUCCAGACUAACAACAGCAACAAUAAGAGAAGCACGUUUACCGAUGACCCGCACAAACUGGUGGAUGAUUGGCCAAAGGCUAUAUCGGCGGCCAAUCAGCCACCCCCUUCCUUGAACCAGAUCAAACAGCAGAGGCGCUUGCAGGACCUGGAAGGCCAAACUGUGUCCAUGGGAGCAGCGCCCUUUAAGAUUAAAUGCCAUACUGGUCCCAGCAAGUUGCCUUGCUCCCAUUCCCUGAUUGCUGCUUCGCACUCUAGCACAACAAGAAGCCACGGUCCCAAUUACUCUCAAACUUUGCCCCCUGGGUAUCUUUCGGUUCCUGGCCCUCGUUACACUCAGCAGUGGCCUGGCUUGCAUCGGCCUGUUGAAUCAGUGAACCCCUUUACUGCCACGUCAAAACCUGAAAUCCAAGCACCCCCUCUAGAAAUGUACAACGCUGAGAAUGAUCUUUGUCUGAAAUCAUCCAGGACUACCUAAAACCUGCAGUCGGUGUGAAUGAAAAGCCAAUUUAUAUUUUGCUGAAUCACCACAACUGCACGUUUUUUUCAGAGCUCGUAGGUACAGGAAAGAAAGGUUGAUAUUUUUUGUACAGUUUCCAUUUGGUUUAUGACUGUGUGUGUAUGUUAUAUAUGAAAACUUAAUGCGUAUCAACUGAAACUUGGUCAUUUGUCUUACAUUACAUGUUCACCGUUAUUGUACUUUUUAUUUCUUUGGACUAAAUACAAGUGUGUACUUGACCAACUACAGGUGUAAUUUGGAAUUCUAAUGCCAGUUGGGCCCCAACUAAUCAUUUAUCCUAUCCACAGAAUUAUUAUUGAUGGAAUGUAGUGCCUUGAACAUUUUCUUCUGCAAAACAGCUUGUCGACAUACAAGUCUUUUGCUUAUUAUGUGAUGGGUCGUUUGGGUGCAGUCUUUUUUUAAUGCCUCACAGACAGCGUUUUUGUUUAUCUGGGAAUGCCAUUGUAGCUCUGCACUAUUAUCAACACAACACAUGCUCUACUUAUCAUAAAAUUUACUUGCAAUAUUUUUUUUUUAACUCUUCACCCCUGUGACUAUGCUGUUGAGGUGAAAUGCACUGUUGCCUUGCAAAGGAAAAAUAGUUAAUGUGUUACUGAGGACAAAAGAAGGAUGAAUUAUGCCAGCAGAUGAAACCCCUAUUUCAGGUCAAAUGGUUCUGUUGGACACAGCACAAGAUUGGGUAGUAUUAUAUAGCCGUGUGGUUAGACAAAAGGCAGUGUCCAGAGCCAUAAAUGAUGUACAUAGUUCUUUCUACUGUUAGGUCAUGGUCAGAAUGUAGCAAUUAAUAUGUGAAGGUUUGAGGCUUUAAAGUGCAAUUUAAUCCUUCCACAAAGCUUUUAUUGUGGCGUUGCCACAAGCCUUAUCUGAUGUGUGUAACAGGGAAAAAGUGAAAUGUUGGAAUAAAGUAUGAACAUGACACUAGAAAGAAAACUCCGAAUUACCUACUGCUAAAUGUAUUUAGUACCCAGCAUCUAGUAUUGCACGCAGUCACCAGUUAACUGGACUUUUGAAGUUAUUAGAUUUUUGAUGCUGCUAUUGUGGGAGGCACUCCACUGAACACUGAAGCCUUUUAUUUACGUUGGAUAGUACCAAAGUCCUUAAAUUGAAAUGACAAAGGAUAAACAAACAGCAGUGUUACUUAAGUCUUUGAUACUUUGUUAGCUGGUAUCUGUUGCAUAAAGCAUUUUCCAUUUUCAGAUAUUGCACAUUUGAAAUAAUAAUUAAGAAAGAGAGAUUUGCACAAGCUAUUUCCAUAAUUUUAUUUGUUUAUGUAUUUCGUUGGGUAAAUACAUGGCUUUCAUUGUCUUUAAUGUUCGUAAAGGUCACCAGAAUGUGGUCAACAUUUUUUCCCCCACAAAACCUGGAGCAAGCAGUUAAGUUAUUGUGGUGCAAUCUCUACACGACUUGUAAGAACGGAUUUAGGACCCUGAUCCUUCCAAGCUGUGAAUUGUACAGCUUUGUUGUAGUGUAAUCUGUAUAUUUUGUGUAUGCAUUAUGGAGAGGUUGGUUUGAUGUAUGGUAUACCAUCAAUUCAGUUUGAAUUGGAAUUUUAUAGUAAGAAUCCUCUGCUUUGGGGACAUUCUUCCAGUUGUAAGAGAUUUCUGUUCUCUGGUAUUCGUAUCUGGAAUUUGUUGUUUUGAACAGAGUAAGGGUACUUCUUGUUGACCAAGUUGGUGGCAAAGAUCAAAAGUGCUGAAGUGCAAGUUGACAUUUUAUCCAUCCCUGCAUGUCUCUGACCAACAUUCCCUUGCAGUGACUAUGCUCAGAUUGUGGAUAAAUUUGUAUUAAAAGUGAGUGGGGUUGCUUGCCUGUCACAUUUCUUACUGUAUCGCUCAUAUCCUGCUGCACUGUAUGACACAAAUAAAUUUUAUUUUCACUCUGA